AUGUUUGCCAAGCCACGUGUGUACGUGGGAGACGAGGAACGCCGUCGGAAGCAGCGUGACCUCAAGCGUCGGUAUCGUGAGCGUCGUAAAGCCAUGCAGCAGCAGGUGACGCAGCUGGAGGCUCGAUACGAUGCGCUGCUGAACGCACAACAGCAAUCGGCCAUGACGUCGCGUCGGGUACCCUCGCCGCUUGAACAACAUUACGCGGCGGCCACGAACGAACUCAACUCGUUACGGCGACAGAUCGCUGUGACCAAGCAGAAAUUAGCCGAGUUCGACGGCUUCGCGUCGUCUUUGGAAGUGUAUCUGACCGACUUUGACGCCCCCUCCGUCAUCAUGUCGGCUUCGUUGGCUUCUGGCGCUGCGAAGAGCUCAUUGCUAAUGGCACCGUCGCUUCCUGGUCCGACACCUGCAGAGCCCCACGCGCGCCUAACGGAGCAGGAAUGCCUGGAAAUGAUGGAGGUUAACAUUGCUGUUCCGUUAGGAGGUUAA